UAGCUCUUAUAGACCAGGCUGGCCUUGAACUCACAGAGAUCCGCCUGCCUCUGCCUCCCAAGUGCUGGGAUUAAAGGUGUGUGCCACCACCGCCCGGCUCAGGUGCAGUUCUUUACUGGUGAGACUGAGUGAUAAAUGCCUUGCAUGGGUUUGGGGGGGCAGGAGACCCAGGAACUCCAUUUACCACAAUAGUCCCAUUUGACAGGAGGAUUCCUAGUGCAGGAUGGUAGCCAAUGAACAGAGGAGAGGCCGUGUUCAGAAAUCCCUCCCUUCAGCUCCUGUGCACCAACCAAGGUGGGCCAAGACGGAGCUCUGAGCUGCUAGGCCUUUCCUGUUAGUGCAGAGUCUACACACUGCACCCAGCUUCUGGAGGGGAGGGGACACCCGUUCUACUCAGCAGGGUCACAUUUGACUGAUGGUGGGGAGCUGGGUAGAUCAAGCUGUGCUUUUUGUGGUCAGGGGCUGCUUCUGCGAACCAGACCAGAUUAACCUUGGACAUGAUGGCCUCCAGAAGAGACAAGACGCUGGCUGUUCCAUCUGCUCAUAAGAAUAACUGCCACCGGUACCCAGGGGAUGACUGGAGGCCGGACCACAGGCCGCCAAAAGAAGGCUACUCCGCUUAGAGACGCAGACCAUGUGGGGCUCCCAACAGCUGCUUGUGGCAUGGUAUCUGGUGUUGGCAGCGGGUGGUACUGAGCAUGUCUACAGGCCCAGCCGCAGAGUGUGUGCCGUAGGAGUUUCCGGAGGCCCUGCCUUGCCCGUCUUGGAGUCCUUUGUGCAGCGUGUAUAUCAGCCUUUCCUCACCACUUGUGAUGGGCACCGAGCUUGCAGCACUUACCGAACCAUCUACCGAACUGCCUAUCGCCGCAGCCCUGGACCGACUCCCGCCAGGCCUCGCUAUGCCUGCUGCCCCGGUUGGAAGAGGACCAGUGGGCUCCCUGGGGCUUGUGGAGCAGCCAUAUGCCAGCCUCCAUGUGGGAAUGGAGGGAAUUGCAUCCGCCCAGGCCACUGCCGCUGCCCUGUGGGAUGGCAGGGAGAUACUUGCCAGAUAGAUGUGGAUGAAUGCAGUACCGGAGAGGCCAGUUGUCCCCAGCGUUGUGUCAAUACCAUGGGCAGUUACUGGUGCCAGUGCUGGGAGGGGCAAAGCCCAUCUGCGGAUGGAACGCACUGCCUGCCCAAGGAGGAGCCCUCCCUGGUGGCCCCAAAUCCCACAACAGGAGUGGACAGCAUGGUGAGGGAGGAGGUGCUCCGGCUGCAGUCCCGGGUUGAUGUCCUGGAGCAGAAACUGCAGUUGGUGCUGGCCCCACUGCACAGCCUGGCCUCUCGGGCCACGGAGCAUGGGCUGCGAGACGCUGGCAGCCUGCUGACCCACUCCUUCCAGCAGCUGGACCGCAUUGAUUCCCUGAGUGAGCAGGUCUCCUUCUUGGAGGAGCAGCUGGGGUCCUGUGAGUGCCACACCUCCCCGCCCAGAGAUCCUAGGGAACCCAUGGGGUGGACGGAACUACCGCUGGGGAUGGACAGAUUUGCAGGUUUGCACCCUCCUUCCUUUUUUGCUCUAGGCUCUUGCAAAAAAGAUCUGUGAUGGCAUCUCACCACCCAGGCCGGACUGAGCUGCCGCCUCUACAUCCCCUUCCAGCCAGACUUCAGGUGCUAUCUGGUGGUGCCUGUGAGCAGAAGGCCCUCCUUCUCAGGAGGUUCUUAGGACUUGGGCAUGGGGAGUGGGGUCUUUCCAGAAAAGGUACGAGAGCACCCUGUCCAGAGGUGAGGUCAGGAUUCUCCCCACCUUUGUCAUAAUAAAGUUGGGACUUGAGCUGC